AUGGGCUCCGAGGACUUGAUCAAUUUUGAUGUUAUUGAGAGCCACAAAGAGAACAUCCAGUCUCUUCCGAGCGGAAGGUCAGCAAAGAAGCUCGCCGAGCUCUUCUCACCGUCGCCACUUCACCAACUCUCGACGCCCACACCUUCAGACACAAAGAACAUCAACGACUGCAUUCGCGCAGAGUACGAGGCAGAAAUCGUGAACAUUGCCGAGUCCGACGACCCGCUCGAUGUCUUCGACAGAUACGUGAGGUGGACGCUCGACGCGUACCCUUCCGCACAGGCCACGCCCCAGUCCCAGCUGCACACGCAGCUCGAGCGCGCCACCAAGGCGUUCGUCAGCUCGCCGCAGUACAAGAACGACCCCAGGUACCUGAAGCUCUGGCUCUACUACAUCCAGUUCUUCUCGGACGCGCCGCGCGAGACGUUCCUGUACCUCGCGCGCCACGGCAUCGGCGAGACGCUCGCCCUCUUCUACGAGGAAUACGCGGCCUGGCUCGAGGGCGCCGGCCGCUGGGCCCAGGCCGAGGAGGUGUACAAGCUCGGCAUCGAGCGCGAGGCCCGGCCCGCGCAGAGGCUGAUCCGCAAGUUUGGCGAGUUUGAGCAGCGCCGCGCGCAGCAGAACCCGGACGGGGAGGACGACGACGCCAGCCCUUCGUCCCCGGCCCUGCCGACGGUUCGGCCCGCCCUAGCUGCCAAGAUCGACCCCUACGCCGCUGCCGCUGCCGCUGCCGCCGCGGCACGGGAUCCCCAGGCUCCCCGACCGAACCACGGCGUUGGGGGUCAGUCCUCGAAACCGGGGAGGUCUAAGCUCACGAUCUUUUCGGAUGCGGAUGCAGCCCCCCCGGCCAUACCGUCGGGUGCGGCUGCCGGGGCAAAGGGGUGGGAGAACAUCGGGUCGCUGGCUGACCGUAAGAAAGAGAAUGUGGUGGAGGCCCGGCCGUGGGUAGGGGAGACCCUCAAGGCGGGAGGGAAGAAGAGCAGCGCUCCGAAGAUGGCGGUGUUCAGGGAUACGGUGAUUGUGAAUCCACAUAAUGGAAAGAGGGAGCGCGUGUUCGUUGACCUGAGUGCCAUCUAUCCCACGCCGGAGGAACCUGGGACGGAGCUGAGCUUUGAGGAGAUAUGGGCGGCCAACCGCGGCUGGUUGGAUCGGGCAUGGGACGAUGACGAGGCGGUUGAGCAGGAUUACAUUGCGCAGGACGAGAACAACCCCCUGGAAGUCGACAUCCUUGCCGAUAGCCUCUCUGAGAAGCUUAUCGUGCAUAGCGAUGUUGUCAUGCUUGACGAGAAUGGUGCUCCGAUCUUACCCCGUGAGGGCAAGGCCAAGAAAAAGAAGGUGACGGAGAUAAAUGAGACACAGAUCAUCAAAGCAAAGCUGGACUCGCCUUCCGGUCCAAAACUCCGGAAGCGGAACGCAGCUGAGCCGACGAUGACCUUGCAUACCAAGGCCGCAACAGACGACAUAUAUGAGAUCUUCAACCAGCCUCUCAAGACGGAAGCUCAGAGGGAAGAGGAAAGCGCAGACGACGACGAUUAUGAGACGGAUGAUUAUACCAAUUACACCAGCGGAGCAGAAAGCACUGGGACCACAAGGAACAUCUCAACUAGCGAGGCAGGUGACGAAGAAGUGGUGGAAAAUGAACUUGACGAGGAGACUUCGGACGUGAAAAGUGUCAGCGAAUGGUCAGAUUUCACCGCCCGAAAACAUAUUCCUGACGUUUUGGGCGACGAGGACCACAUCGACACACAAUCUUCAGACAGAAGUGAGGUGGCAGAUCCCGAGGCAUCAACUGUGGUAUCCGAAGCAGCCGAGGAUCAAGAAGAAGACGACGAGGUCUUGACACCAGUAACAAUGGGGUCCAUUUCCAAGACACGCACGUCGUUCGUGCCCAUCCCGCCUGAGGACUACGUCCCGCCCAUGAGGUCGUAUAGGGAUCCAGUCGAGGUGGCUAACAACCGGCUCCCCUUCAUGACGCCCAUCACGGAAAGGACCGAAUCCUCCCUCGAUAUAGAGGCCGACGACGACGGCCUCCACCCCAAGACCCCAUGCAAGAGGGGUGAGAAUGCUAUUUCAUCGGUGGCAGAGGAGGAUAGUCUCGAACUCGAGCCUCUCAGCAGUCCGCUGAGGGAAGUGGUGAACGACGAGCUCCCGCCAAGGAAGAUUGCUCAACCACUCCUUCAGAAGCCGAAGCCUGCCGCGCCGAAGCCUCUGGCAGUAAAAGCAGCACCGAAGGGGCCCAUCAUCAACGACCCCCAGUGCAACCCCAUGGACGACGGUGUCCGGACGACGAUCCUCGAGGCCAUGCAGCCGCCACUGAGCGCCUAUGAAGGCUUCUACGACCACCGGAAUGAGCUGUACGGGAAGGGGGCAGAGAUUCGCAAGUUUUCCAAGGCUCUAUCGAAGCAUAACAGGAACAGCACAGACCGGACGAGCAACUUCAGCACCUCGUUUGUGAUAGAGUUCCCCGACACGACAACGCAAUACACGGUCAAGAAAGAGCUUGGGGCAGGCGCUUUCGCUCCCGUCUAUCUUGUGGAGAACUCUUCUCACGAAGAGCCGGAGGAUCAAGAGGACAUCCCGGCAGCCAUGGGCAAAGGGGCCUUUGCAACUGCACACAACCGGCGAAGCGCCCUCGAAGCCCUCAAGAUGGAAGAGCCGCCGUCGCCGUGGGAGUUCCACAUGAUGCGCCUCGUGCACAGCCGCCUCGGCCCCCAGCACCGGGCGGCGGCGUCGCUCUCGACGGCGCUGGAGAUGCACCUCUACCAGGACGAGGGCUUCCUCUUCCUCCCGCACCACCCGCACGGGACGCUCCUCGACGUGGUCAACCUCUUCCGCGCCGACGCGUCGGGCGUCAUGGACGAGCAGCUGGCCAUGUUCUUCUCGAUCGAGCUCCUCCGCACCGUCGAGGCCCUCCACACGAAGCAGAUCCUGCACGGCGACCUCAAGGCCGACAACUGCCUGCUCCGGAUCGACCAGCAGCAGGGAGAGCACGGACACGGGCACGACCGCGACCUGUCGCCGCAGUGGAGUCGGUUGGGGGCGGGUGGCUGGGGGGCCCGCGGGGUGGCGCUCAUCGACUUUGGGCGGGGCAUCGACAUGCGGUGCUUUGGGCCCGAGGUGCAGUUCAUCGCAGACUGGAAGACGUCGGGGCAGGACUGCGCCGAGAUGCGCGAGGGCCGGCCGUGGACGUGGCAGGUCGACUACCACGGGCUCGCGGGCACGGUGCACUGCCUGCUGUUCGGUAAGUACAUCGAGACGGUGCGGUGCGACACGGGCGGGCUCGGCACGGCGGGCGGGCGGAGAUACCGGAUCCGAGAGAGCCUCAAGAGGUACUGGCAGACGGAGAUCUGGGCAGAGUGCUUCGACGUGCUGCUUAACCCGGGCGCGUUCGUCGAGGCGGAGGACGGCGCCAGGAUGCCGGUGCUGAGGUCGAUGAGGAGGGUGAGGGAGCGCAUGGAGGGCUGGCUCGAGGCCAAUUGCGAGAGGGGCGUCGGGCUGAGGGCCCUGAUGGGCAAGGUGGAGGCUUGGGCGACGGGGAGGAGAUGAUUGCGUCUCUCUUUUCCUUCCUAUUUUCUUUUGUCUUGCAUUCGUCUGGGGGCCUUUGGCAUGGGCUAUACGGUGGCUUUAAUGAACAUAGGAGGGUGUCGGAGUUGGGACAUUGGCUUGAGGUUUCCCAAUCUCCGUUUUCAGUCCUAUCUUUGCACGUAGCAUAGGCAGGUACCUACAUACCUAAAAUACCCCUGAUUUUCAGUGCGAAUCAUCAUGAG